GAAACUUUAAGACUUGUGGACUUCAACUCCCAGCUUUGCUGGCUGAGGAAUUCUGGGAGUUGAAGUCCACAGGUCUUAAAGUUUCCAAGGUUGGAGACCCCUGCCCUAAAUUACAGUCAGGUCAUUGCCGGACACUGAAGUAGCCUUUUCUCAAGGCCUUUUUGGGGAGGGGUCCACCAUUGCUUCAAAGGGUCACUAAGUGAGCAUUCAUAAGUUGAGAACCACUUGUACAAAGUCUACCUCUAUACAGGUAGUCCUCGACUUACAACAAGUUCGUUUAGCAACCAUUCAAAGUUACAAUGGCACUGAAAAAAAGUGACAGCUGUUUUUCCAUGAUAAAAAUUUGGACAUUUGGCAACCGGCUCGUACUUAUGACGGUCACAGCAUCUCAGGGGGCGGGAGGUGUCACGCGAUUACUUUUUUUGUGACUUUCUGACAAAGCAAAGUCAAGAUUCAUUUAACAAUUGUGUUGCUUAACAAUGGCAGGGAUUUGCUUCACAAUUGUGGCCAGACAGGUCGUAAAAUGGGGCAAAACUCACUUCACAACCGUCCCGCUUAGCAACAGCAAUGUGGGGCUCAAUUGUGGCCGUAUGUUGAGGAUUACCUGUACACAAGCCACUCAUUGUUGGGGAGGGCCAUCAGAUUUUCAAUCCACUGAGUGAAAAAGCCGUAUAUUUAUUUAUUCAUUCCGGUGCUGAAGCUUCGAUAUCUGGCCAUACGUCCAUCGUUCAAGACAAUAUUAUCCUCUGUGAAUUUUAGCUUUGGUUGCACAAUCAUAUUUAUACAAUCCACUACUUCCUCCUAAACUUUAGACCCUGUCAAAACAUGCAUUUGAAAAGAGCAAAGGUCUUUAGUACGUCUCUCUUAACGAAAAGACCCAAACUUCAGAAAAGGAGACAGCAGAAUGCAGCCGUGUCAGUUUAUAACUAUUUUCUCUCCUCCCCACCACCAGAAAAAUUAAGUGCAAGCCUUCCCUCCAUCCAACAAUUAAAAACCUCUGCUUUAGCACCAUUGUCAUCUACAGCAGUCUUUCUCAAACUUGGCAACUUUAAGACGGCUGGACUUCUUCCCAGACUCCCAGAAUUCCCCUGCCAGCCACCGGGCAAAACUAUCACUGUUAAACCUAGUUUUUUUUGUUUUUUAAAAAAAUUUGAUUUAUAUGCCGCCCUUCUCCGGAGACUCAGGGCGGCUUACACUGCGUUAAGCAAUAGCCUUCAUCCUUUUGUAUAUUUAUACAAAGUCAGCUUAUUGCCCCCACAAACUGAGUCCUCAAUUUACCUACCUUAGAAAGGAUGGAAGGCUGAGUCAACCUUGAGCCUGGUGAGAUUCGAACCUGCAGUAAUUGCAGGCAGCUGUGUUAAUAACAAGGUGCUUUAGACCACUGUACUACCAAGGCCCAGUUUCAAUGUCCUUUUCAAAGAAUCUCCUUGGUCAAGGAUUUGUGCCACUUUAAGACAGCUGGACUGCAACUCCCAGAAUUCCCUUCCAGCACGGCUGUCAGAGGAAUUCUGGGAGUUAAAGUCCACCUACCUGAAAGCGGCCAACUUUGAAAAAAAGGGAGUUAAUAACAGGAGAAGGGGUUCACCUCCGGUGGCUUUAAUCCUUCUCCUUGGUCAAGGAUUUCUGCCACUUUCAAGAUAGAUGGACUUCAACUCCCAGAAUUGGGAGCAUGGCCGGCAGGGGAAUUCUGGGAGUUGAAGUCCACCUAUCUAAAAGCAGCCAAGUUUGAAAAAGUUAAUAGGACUUCACCUCCGAUGGCUUUAGUGCCUUUCUCCAAGAGUCUCCUUGCUCAAGGAUUUUUGCAAAACCUGGCAAAAAAAAAUAAUAAUAAUCCCAAUUUCCGAAAGGCAUUUGCACAGCAGGAAAAGAAGGGCGGAAAGCUGUAAUGAAUUUGCAGCAAAGAGAAAUCCCAGCAUUGUUGGGACAACCUGCUUAGAACAGGUGAGGCAGGAACUUUCCAACCUGCUGACCAGCUUUGCAGCUGCCUCCAAGUUUACAGCAAACAGAUUUUGCUGUGUGCAAACGCAACACACCCAGGGCAGGGCAGAGUUGUCCUGCCGGCCUCUUGGAUCUGGUAUAAAACCCUGCAAACGGCUGGAGGCUGGCUUGCUUUCCUGCAAACCAGCAUUGUUUGUUUGAAGGAACAUGGCUACCAAGGUGGAUGUCGGAAUCCGGGGUUUGCCAGGAGCUCCAGAUGGGGUCAAGGAACAUUUCCAAGCCGUGACUCGGAACUACAUCACUCAUCCCAGGCUGACGUACCGGACCGUCUGUGGGGUGAAUGGACCCCUGGUAGUCCUGGACAACGUGAAGUUCGCCCAGUACGCGGAGAUCGUCAACUUCACCCUGCCCAACGGCACCCAUCGGAGCGGGCAGGUGCUGGAGGUGACCGGCUCCAAAGCCAUCGUCCAGGUGUUCGAAGGGACCUCUGGCAUCGAUGCCCGCAAGACGUCUUGCGAGUUCACUGGGGACAUUCUCCGCACGCCCGUGUCCGAGGACAUGCUGGGCCGAGUCUUCAACGGUUCAGCUAAACCCAUCGACAAAGGCCCCAUGGUGAUGGCCGAGGACUUCCUGGACAUUAAUGGGCAGCCCAUCAACCCUCAAGGACGCAUUUACCCCGAGGAGAUGAUCCAGACGGGCCUCUCCCCCAUCGAUGUCAUGAACAGCAUUGCCCGAGGACAGAAAAUCCCCAUUUUCUCCGCUGCUGGUCUCCCCCACAACGAGAUCGCAGCUCAGAUCUGCAGGCAGGCUGGCCUGGUGAAGAAAUCGAAAGACGUGGUGGAUUACCACGAGGAUAACUUCGCCAUUGUCUUCGCUGCCAUGGGGGUCAACAUGGAAACAGCUCGGUACUUCAAAUCGGACUUUGAGGAGAACGGGUCCAUGGAGAACGUCUGCCUCUUCCUCAACUUGGCCAACGACCCCACAAUUGAGAGGAUCAUCACGCCCCGUCUGGCUCUGACCACCGCCGAGUUCCUGGCCUAUCAGUGUGAGAAGCACGUUCUGGUGAUUCUGACCGACAUGAGCUCAUACGCCGAGGCCCUGCGGGAGGUCUCCGCGGCCAGAGAAGAGGUGCCUGGACGACGGGGGUUUCCUGGCUACAUGUACACUGACCUGGCCACCAUCUACGAGCGGGCAGGACGGGUGGAGGGCAGGAACGGCUCCAUCACACAGAUACCCAUCCUGACAAUGCCCAACGAUGAUAUCACCCAUCCCAUUCCGGAUUUGACCGGCUUCAUAACUGAAGGGCAAAUUUAUGUGGACCGACAGCUUCACAAUAGGCAGAUCUACCCUCCCAUCAACGUGCUGCCGUCUCUUUCCCGCCUGAUGAAAUCAGCUAUUGGAGAAGGCAUGACCAGGAAGGACCACGGGGAUGUUUCAAAUCAAUUGUAUGCGUGUUAUGCCAUCGGCAAAGAUGUCCAGGCUAUGAAAGCUGUGGUGGGAGAAGAGGCCCUCACAGCUGAUGACCUUCUCUACUUGGAGUUCCUGCAGAAGUUCGAGAAGCAGUUCAUUGCUCAAGGCGCCUACGAGAACAGGACCAUCUUUGAGUCUCUGGACAUAGGAUGGCAGUUGCUCCGGAUCUUCCCCAAGGAACUGCUGAAACGGAUCCCGGAAAGCAUCUUGGCUGAGUAUUACCCCCGCGAGGCCAAAGGGAAUCCAAGCUCCGACACGGCCCUCUGAAUCCCAGUCAGUCCGAACCCUCAUUCAGGAGAGAGCUGGGCUCAAAGGUGGUCAGCCGAUGGGGAGAAGAAGACUCCUCUCGGGAUAUGAAGCCCGUUCCUUGCGUUGGAAUCCGAUCCAGACUCCAUUUUGCAAAAGUCCCAUAAUCUUUAUUUCCUGCUUGGCAGCUCUCCAAAAUGACCACCCACUCGUUUUUCGAACAACUGGUGAUACCCGGUGUCCUAUUCCAAAUAAAAAUGAAUAAAGUUCGGAGAACUUCUGAGUAAA